CUCUGGUCCAGCGGAGUCGUCCGUCUUUUCGCUAACAUUUCUCCGUCUAGGAAAUACAAAGUGAUGCUUCACCGUGACCGGCUGCACUCAGAGACAGAGGAGGACCGGCGGUGACAACUUUACAUCCCACAUCACUGUCUUCAGAGGAGUAUAUUUGUCCCCGUUUUGGUUUGACUUUUCGUCUUGAAGCAGAAGACGCGGUGUUUUUUUUUUUUUUUUUUUCGUGUGCAGUAAUGUCGGACCGCUUUUAACAAAACCACAUUCGCUGACUUUUUCCGUCUCCAAUGCGGGAGAGGAAACCUCUCGGGGUGAUUUUCUGUUUCCGAGUCCGGAUUGUGAGCGGCGGCGUUGCAGCGCAGGGAUGCCUCGGUUCUCGCCGUAGCUCCAUGUAAAAAAAAAAUCUCUUUGUCGUGCAGCUCUUCGCCCAGCGGACUGUGCCGCUGCUCCUGGAUAUACGAGGACUUUGUGCGCAGUAACUUGGUGUAAAUGGAUCGCCAGUCCAGCUUCAUUUCCAUCUGGCUACAACUGGAGCUCUGUGCCAUGGCCGUUCUUCUGACUAAAGGAGAAAUAAGGUGUUAUUGUGACGCCCCGCACUGUGUGGCCACCGGAUACAUGUGCAAAUCAGAACUGAACGCCUGCUUCACAAAGGUCCUGGACCCACUAAACGCAAACUCACCCCUCACCCACGGGUGUUUAGAUCCAAUCAACAACUCUGCAGACAUUUGCAGCAGCAGCAGCAGCUCGAGGGCCACGGACACCCUCGGCGGGGCCUUGGCCACAACGCUGGAGUGCUGCCACGAUGACAUGUGCAACUACAGAGGCCUGCACGACCUGGCACACAACCGGGACUCGACAGACGGCCGGUUCCAGGCGGACAGCAACAACAGGAACCUGGUGACCCGGGUCCAGGAGCUGGCCUCGGCCAAGGAGGUGUGGUUCCGGGCGGCGGUGAUCGCCGUGCCCAUCGCCGGCGGCCUCAUCCUGGUGCUGCUCAUCAUGCUGGCGUUGCGAAUGCUGCGCAGCGAGAACAAGCGACUGCAGGACCAGAGGCAACAGAUGCUGUCGCGGCUCCACUAUAGCUUCCACGGCCACCAUACCAAGAAGGGCCACGUGGCCAAACUGGACCUGGAGUGCAUGGUGCCGGUCACAGGCCACGAGAACUGCUGCCUGACCUGCGACAAGAUGCGGCAGGCCGACCUGGGCAACGACAAGAUCCUGUCUCUGGUGCACUGGGGGAUGUACAGCGGCCACGGCAAGCUGGAGUUUGUAUGACUUCCUGCUCGGAACUAUGUUCUGUCACCUCCCACAACCAGCCGGGACCGCCUCUCAACUGUUGGCUUUCGUGUUGUUUUUACCUUAAAAGACAUUCCCAUGUUUUUCCUCCGUUGGACUCUUGGGUUUAUGUUUUCAGUUUUUUUUUUUUUUUUAAAAACCAGUGGCUAAAAAAAUCCGAGACUGAUCUCAUGCCGCAUGGUUUUUUUUUGCUAGAGGAGCACUUUACUUGAAAAUGAAAGGCAAAGCAGCAAGAAGCUGUGUUUAAGCUUGAGAGGGCGGGGACUGAGGUGGAGCGAGAGCUCCAUCACUGCUCCUGAGGAUCCUGGACUUUUACACUGAGCGCUGAAGGAUUCCAAAUCUGUCUUAUUUGCACAUUUGUAAAAAAGAGAAAAAAAAAAGAAACUAAAAAAAAGUUUUCGUUGCUUAAAACAAGAAUUUUACACUGACACCAGGGUACAAAAGAGGACUU